AUUUCUGAAUUGUCACUCAGUAUUUACCACAUGGUUUUGAUAGCUCAACAAUUUAAGCUUUAAAUACGGUUUUCGUCCUCAAAUUAAAAUAUAGUUCACUUAUAGUUGAAUAUAAUGUCGGACGUACCCGAUUUAAGUUCCGAUGAAGAACAUUAUGAAGAAGACGAGUGGCAAGAAAUGGAAACUAGCGAUGUUUCUGUAACGUGUUUAUUUUGUACGAAGAUUUUUUCAACCAUAGAAGAAACUGUGGCUCAUUGUGAAGAAGCCCAUGGAUUUAAUUUAAACUCCCUAAAAAUUAAAUUCAAUAUGGAUUGCUAUUCUUACAUCAAAUUGAUUAACUAUAUAAAGACACACAAACUGACUUCUGACGAGAUCAUGACUGCUACAAAACCACUUUGGGACGACGAAAAGUAUCUUAAACCUGUAGAUAAUGAUGAAUGGUUGAUGUUUGAUUUUGAUACUAUAAACGAGAAGCCUACUUCGCCUAAAUCUUAUCAUGCAAAUGUGGAAAACGGCUUAGUCACACUAUCUCAACCCCACUUCACGGAACUCCAAAGAACUAUACAGGCAUUAACAGAGCAAUUAAAAGAAAGUCAGACUCACUUACAAAUGGCGAAAGAAGAUAUGGUUAAAAUGAAAGAAUCUAUGAAAUCUCUCGUGGAUGGCGGUUCUGCUAACAACAUAGGUGAUAGUACUGUUAUUGUGGAUUGUGUUUCUAAAGUUCCAUUAGAAAGUGAUGAAGGUUACUUCAACAGUUAUGCUCAUUUCGGAAUUCACUAUGACAUGCUGUCUGAUAAAGUUCGCACAGAAUCAUAUAGGGAUGCUAUUCUUAAUAACAAAGAAACAAUAAAAGAUAAGGUGGUACUGGACCUAGGGUGUGGGACAGGUAUACUUUCAAUGUUUUCAGCAUCAGCAGGAGCAAAGAAAGUAUAUGCAUUAGACCAAUCUGAAGUUAUUUAUCAUGCAAUGGACAUUAUAAGAGAGAACAAUCUAGAAAACAAUAUAAAAACGAUAAAAGGUAGACUAGAAAAUACUCAACUUGAUGAUAAAGUUGACAUAAUAGUUUCAGAAUGGAUGGGUUAUUUUUUAUUAUUUGAAGGAAUGUUGGAUAGUGUGAUAUACGCUCGUGAUAACUGCAUGAAGCCUGGUGGAUUACUGCUGCCAAAUAAGUGUAACAUUAGCCUAGUAGCGAAUGGCGAUAUUGACACGCACAAGAAAUUAAUAGAAUUCUGGUCUGACGUUUAUGGCUACAAAAUGAAUUGUAUGAAAUCUGAAGUCGUUAGAGAAGCAAGUAUAGAUGUUGUACCAUCUAAGCACAUUUUGUCUGAACCUUGUAUCAUUAAAGAAAUCGAUAUUAAUAUUUGUAAUAUUGAUACAUUAAAUUUUACAUCCAAUUUCAAAUUACCAAUAACAAAUGAUGGUUUUAUUACAUCACUUGUCGGUUAUUUUGAUACAUUCUUUGAUUUACCUCAAAGUGUGUCAUUUACAACAGGGCCCCAUAAAACACCGACACAUUGGAAACAGACAGUUUUCUAUUUCAGAAAUUGUGUUGAGGUAAAAAAAGGUGAUGUCAUUGAAGGCACAAUCACAUGCAAUAGACAGAAAACAGACGUAAGAGCACUCACAGUACAAAUAAAUGUAUUUGGUAAAGUUCAUAAGUUUAUACUAAGCUAAUUUUGUUAAAUGCUUAGAUUUUUUGCUAUAGAUAGUUUGGUUGAAUACCUAUAGUAAGAGUGCUUGUUACGAAGCUUAAAACUGCUUGAAAAUGCAAGGAAAGUUUGACUUUCAAAAUUAGUAUAUGUAUGUAGAAUUAUUAAUAUUGUGAUAUAAAUAAAAUAUUUCAAAAUGAUUACCUUGUGUAAGAUUAUGUUUUCUAUUUGUUUCUAUAUUAUUGUGACUAGGGUACAGUUUUAUGAUAAACAUUAUAUAUAGUGUAUGAUUAUUAUAUGUAUAUUAUUAUUUACUUACUUCUAUAUAUAUUUUGUGUUUACAUUUAUUAUUAUAAACCAUAUCUGCAACAUAAGCUCUGAACCAUUCACGAAAGGAGAGGAGGCCUAAGACAGGCUGGACGUUUACAGGCUUAUAUUACUUUAUAUACUUGAUUAUUUAUUUAUUCAAUAUCAUGUCCUUUUUUUACUAAUAAAUAACACAAAGUUAUACAUACAUAUUUAUAUAUUGAUUUAAUACACCCAUUGUUAAUUUACUUAUAGAAAGAUAUAAAUUUAUACAAUAUAUACUAUGCAUUUUCAGUGCAAUUGCUCUUGUCUAAUCCCAAUAGCAAAUGUAACUAUGUAUAUUUAUUGAUAUGGAUAAAUUAAUUGAAAGACAAUUUUGAAUGGAGUUGAAAAUUAUGUUGUUUUCCUACUCAUUUCAAAAUAGAAAUUGACAAAAUCAUCUCAUAAUUUACCAUUGCAUUUCGAAAGGCUGACCUCUAGAAUAUCAAUCUCAUAAGCUAUGUGUUAACAGCUGAUGAUCUAUACAUGAUGUAAAACAGUAUAUAUCAAUUGUAUAGUAUGUUAUUAUUGUGUUUCACGUUAAUGUAAUGUAGUUUUGUUUUAAUUUGUUUGUUUUUCAAUGAGUUCCUUUUAACAGUUUGUAAUUGUAUAAAU